GAACGAAGUCGUGGCGGUGGCGGAUCGAGGAGAUAACGCGGCCUCAGGCUCUGGUGAGGAGUGGAGCCGGUUGAGGGUGGCGGCCGACUCGGACCGGGGGUUCCCUGGGGAAGAGCGGACGUAGGAGAGAGGAGCUUGCGACAGGCCGCAGGCCGAGGGGCGGGCGGCGGCGUCGCUCCCCUCCCUCCUCCCGUGAGCGUCCGGCCUUGUGCAUCCUGUAGAUCCCGCGCUGGGCGGGCCCGGAGGGUCGGGCCCGCUCGGAACUCUAUUUCCAAACUCCUGUUGGGAGGCCGCGCGCGGGGGCUCACGCCUGUAAUCUCACCGCUCAGGGAGGGCUUGGCGGGAGGAUCGCUUGAGGCCAGGAGUUCGAGACCAGGCUGGACAACACAGCGAGACCCCAUCUCUACAAAAAAAUUUUAAAAAUUAGCCAGGAGUGGUUGUUGUACCUGUAGCCCCAGCUACUCGAGAGGAUCGCUUGAUCCCGGAAUGUCGAGGCUGCAGUGAGCCAUGAUCGCAAUUGCACUCCAGCCUGGGCAACAGAGCAAGACCCUGUUUCACAAAAUGAAAAAGAAACAACUAAGACUCUUUGGGAUCAGAUCGGGAUCGCGGCUGAAAUGGUUUGGGCCUCCUUCCUUGUAGCCGAGAACGCUUCUGCAUGCUAAUCUAUACCUGUGUCUCCCCGUCUGCUGAAGCCCCAAGGCCGUCACCAUGGACUUCCAGCAUCGCCCUGGGGGCAAGACCGGGAGCGGGGGCGUGGCCUCCUCCUCCGAGAGCAACCGUGACCGCAGGGAGCGCCUCCGGCAGCUGGCCCUAGAGACCAUCGACAUCAACAAGGACCCGUACUUCAUGAAGAACCACCUGGGCUCCUAUGAAUGCAAGCUGUGCCUGACGCUUCACAACAAUGAGGGGAGCUACCUGGCACAUACCCAGGGGAAGAAGCACCAGACCAACCUGGCCCGGCGAGCCGCCAAGGAGGCCAAGGAGGCCCCUGCCCAGCCCGCACCUGAGAAGGUCAAGGUGGAGGUGAAGAAGUUUGUGAAGAUCGGCCGCCCAGGCUACAAAGUGACCAAGCAGAGGGACUCGGAGAUGGGCCAGCAGAGCCUCCUCUUCCAGAUCGACUACCCUGAGAUCGCCGAGGGCAUCAUGCCACGCCACCGCUUCAUGUCUGCGUACGAGCAGAGGAUUGAGCCUCCGGACCGGCGCUGGCAGUACCUGCUCAUGGCCGCUGAGCCCUAUGAGACCAUCGCCUUCAAGGUGCCGAGCAGAGAGAUUGACAAGGCGGAGGGCAAGUUCUGGACACACUGGAACCGGGAGACCAAGCAGUUCUUCCUCCAGUUCCACUUUAAGAUGGAGAAGCCCCCGGCUCCGCCCAGCCUCCCCGCCGGCCCCCCUGGGGUGAAGCGGCCUCCACCUCCGCUGAUGAAUGGUCUGCCCCCUCGGCCACCGCUGCCCGAGUCUUUGCCACCGCCACCGCCGGGAGGCCUACCUCUGCCACCCAUGCCCCCCACGGGGCCUGCACCCUCAGGGCCCCCGGGACCACCCCAGCUACCCCCGCCAGCUCCAGGGGUCCACCCCCCGGCCCCAGUGGUGCAUCCCCCCACCUCUGGCGUCCAUCCCCCAGCUCCUGGCGUCCAUCCCCCAGCUCCUGGGGUCCAUCCCCCAGCUCCUGGUGUCCAUCCCCCAGCCCCUGGGGUCCACCCACCAACCUCUGGGGUCCACCCCCCGGCUCCCGGAGUCCACCCUCCAGCCCCCGGGGUUCACCCUCCAGCCCCCGGGGUUCACCCACCAGCCCCUGGAGUCCACCCACCAGCCCCGGGGGUCCAUCCUCCCCCAUCAGCGGGGGUUCACCCCCAGGCCCCAGGGGUACACCCAGCAGCCCCUGCUGUUCACCCUCAGGCCCCGGGGGUGCACCCACCAGCCCCAGGGAUGCACCCUCAGGCCCCGGGAGUCCACCCCCAACCUCCCGGGGUCCAUCCAUCAGCUCCUGGGGUCCACCCUCAGCCUCCUGGAGUUCACCCCUCAAAUCCUGGGGUACACCCCCCAACUCCCAUGCCCCCAAUGCUGAGGCCCCCACUCCCCUCCGAAGGCCCAGGGAACAUACCUCCCCCUCCCCCAACCAACUGAGAAGCUGCUCCCUCCACCAGCAAGCUCAGCGCCAGGUGCUCCUGCCUUUUGCCAUCGAGAGAAGGCUGCUCUUUUGUACCGCCCCCUGCUCAUUAAACAGCCUUCCCCAGC